AUGGCUUUUGCCUCUGGCUUUCGUUGCUUGCUUAAUGGAUCUUCGACCUUCUCUUCUGUUAUUUACUCCCGAAGUUUAACCCUCACAACCCCAGAGGACCUCAAUUCAACCUUCACAACCCCAGGCUUCCCAAGGUUAAUAACCGACGAAAAGCUUAGAAAGGCUUUUGAAGAUUAUGGCGAAGUUCUUAAAGGUCUUUUUACUAAAAUAAGAGAGUUGAUUGGAAUGGGUGGAGUUGGGAAAAAGAAAAGAGGGAGGCAUUUACUUGACAAUUGCCUUGAUGAUAUGGAAUUUAUGGCCAAGAAUUUCGAUAAAGUUGCCAUCGAACGGUUAAGAAUGGUUGCUUCUAGUGACCUCGUCCGCAUCUCUUACACAGAAGCAGUGGCCAUUCUUGAGGAGCCAGCAAAAAAGAGGCAGUUUGAGAAACAAAGUGGAAUGGAGCACAUCCAUAGCAGCAACAGUCUUGUUGAUUUGACUGAAGUGAAAUAUAGAUCACCUAUUAUUGUGUAUAAUUACCCAAAAGGUAUUAAAGCAUUCAAUUCAGACAACAAGACUGUUGCUGCUAUGGAUGUGCUUGUACCGAAGAUGAUGUAUUAA